CUGGUGAGCUUUCAACUAACGUCCUCUCGCCUCCCAUCGUGAACAUCCUCCUUCAACACCUCACCUCCCUCUCAUCCACCCUCAAAAUGGUCAACCUCCCCUCCAUCGCCGCAGGCCUCGCCCUCGCCGCCACGGCAGCCGCCUCCGCAACCGCCCCAACGCUCAACCCUUGGCCUCAGUACAACCACGGCGGCUGGUACAACCAGAGCGACGGCGACGUCACCACCUACGGCGCCCCCGAAUUUACCUCUCUCGAAGGCCCGCCCGUCGCUAGAAUCCCUUUCCUCUUCAACGCGGAAGACCCGGUCUACGCCGGCCUCUACGUCCAGUCCUCGACCGAGGACUUCAUCACCGACUACGAGGUCAAGGCCUACAGCUGGCGUAGCGACUACGCCGAUAUCACCGGCAAGGUGUGCGGCGCCAAGGGCAAUUUCACCUUUGUGCAGCUGUUCGGGCCGGACGGUCUGCCAAACACGUUGCCGACCCUAACCAUGUUCAUUGACGUCACCGCUGCCAAUAAUAAUGGUCCGCGGGCCUUUAUCAACGAGGUCUGGCCCGUCUGGGUUGGGGAUGACAUCUUUUACCCGAAUAACACCUCUCCUUGCCCGGCUCCUGCCGCGAAGACUAAGAGAUGGACUGCUUAAGAGGACUAAGCUAUGGGUUUGAGGAACGUGGGGAAGACACUGGGUUCACGAAUGACGAAGAGGCCAAAACAAUAUUGAGAAAGACAGGCCAGGCUAGAGAUGGGAAGAAGGA